AUGGACGCUUUCACCAAGAAGACCCUGAGAACCUCCCGAGGCAUCACAUACACCUACUACACGUGCUCUGGCAACACGUCUCUCCCAACCCUCCUCUUCCAACACGGCUUCCCCGACCAUGCCGCCAUGUGGGCAGACGUCGCUAGCUCUCUCCGACCACUAAACCACCCCGUUAUCAUUCCCGACAUGCUGGGCUACGACGGAACGGACAAGCCCACAGACCCAUCCGCCUACACCUGGGACCAUAUGACCAACGACAUGGUGGAAAUCCUCAAUGCUGAACAAGUGCCAAGAUGCAUCUCCAUCGGCCACGACUGGGGCUCCGCAGCCGCAAGCCGCCUGUACAACUACCACCCCGAACGCGUUGUCGGCUUGGUCAACCUGAACGUCGCCUACACGGCACCAAGUCGCAAACCCUUCGAUCUUGACGCCGCAAACGCCCUCAUGAACAAGAUCUUUGGCUACCCAUCGCUAUCGUACUGGUACCUCUUCACCGCGCCUGACGGACCAGCACUUCUAUCCCGCGAUAUAGAGGCCAUGUUUAACAUGAUGCACGACAAAGAUGGAUUGAAAGAGUUCUUCUGCACACCCGACACCAUGCGUGAAACACUCUCCGGGCAAAAGGAACCAACCUUUUCUCUCCGACCCUAUGCGCAAGACCCAGCUUUCAAGAAGGCGUUCCUUGAUCGUAUGGCGCGCGAUGGGUUCGAAGCGCCCGUGUGCUGGUACAAAGCCAUGACAGGCAAUCUGCAGCAUCAAGUCGAUGUCAAGUUGCCUGAAGGGAGAGAGAUUGUCAAUGUACCCACGCUGUACAUCGGAUGCAGAGAGGAUGUGGUGUGCAGACCCGAAGCCAUGUAUGAGAGUAUUAAAAAGGGCUUGUUGCCGCAAUUGGAACAAGCGGAUAUGAUUGAUGCGGCGCAUUGGGCGACGUAUGAGAAGCCUGCCGAGGUGGUGAAGCGGUUGGAGGAUUGGCUGAAGAGGAAGUUUGCGCAGUGA